GCAACCACGCCGCAAGCGGCCGCCGCUCCAUUUCCAUUCCCCCACAAAUCCCAAACUAGGGUUUAUCCCAAACUAGGGUUUCCGCCUCUCUCUCCAUUCCUCCAUGGCCCCCAAGCGCCACCGCGCGGACCAGACCUCGCCGCCGUCGCCGUCGCAGUUACCACCUCCCCUGCGGGCGGCAAAGCGGCAGCCGGUGGUCGUCUUCGCCCACGGCGCCGGCGCCUCCUCCUCCUCCGAUUGGAUGGUCCACUGGAAGGAGAUGGUGAAAGACGCAUUGAACGCCGUCGAAGUGGUGACCUUUGACUACCCCGAGAACUCAACGGCUCAUCACAAGGUGGUUGCAGAUAUGUCGGGUGGGAAGCGCAGGGCGCCUCCGAAGGCGGAGAAGCUUGUUGACCAUCACCUGAGCGUGUUGAAGGAUGCCGUUCAGAAGCAUCAGGGACAUCCUCUUAUUCUUAUGGGGAAAUCCAUGGGAUCGAGAGUCAGCUGCAUGGUGUCAAGCUCAGAUGAUAUCGAUGUUUCUGCUGUAGUAUGCUUGGGUUACCCGUUAAAGGGAGUGAAUGGAGUGAUGAGGGAUGAGACACUACUACAGCUGAAGGUUCCAACAAUGUUUGUUCAGGGCAGUAAAGAUGGUUUGUGCCCCUUAGAUAGACUUGAGUCCACUCGCAAGAAGAUGACCAACAAGAAUGAACUGCAUGUUAUUGAUGGUGGCGACCACUCUUUUAAGAUUGGCAUAAGGUACCUAGAGGCUAGCGGGGUAAAUCAACAUGAUGUUGAAAUGGAAGCCGUUAAAGCGAUUGUGCAGUUUGUCCAGAACUCCAUCACUGAGAGUUGAACCUAGCUAUCUUGCCCAUUUUCCUUGUAACACCUAAUGGUCGCUAGAUUUUAACCUUUGGGCUUUGUACAGGACUAAUAUGUCAAUGUAUUCCCUGUAGUGUAAGAUGCUAGUUCUAAUUUGCAUUGUUGCUACCGAUGUCUAAUGUUUUGCUAUUUGGUAAUCACAUGAUUGAAACAAUCGCGCUACCAUCUUCAAA